AUGGUGGACAAGAAGCAGGAAGUUUGUGAAAAUUGACGAAAAAUCAAUAGAUUUUGGUUUUUUGCUUGAUAUCUUCAGCCAAAACAGCAAAAUGACUGAAACAGACCAAUUAGUCUUUGAAUACUUUUCAUCCCUGGGACCUCUUGCCAGGAAGGUGAUGCAGGAUCAGGAGCUUGUCCGGUCCAUGUAUGGGGCUGAAUGGGAGCAGAUGAGUUUUGAACAAAGGGAUGCUGUUGUUGAUGAAUAUGUCAUCAAGGCUGAGAUCCUUGAGCACUACAAAACCUAUUCCCGUUGGGAGGAUCCACCAGAAUACUUUCCUAAACUGAAAUUAGGAAGUGGAGAGAAAAUUAUUGUCGAUGAUGACUUUCGGACAUGGCAAGAUGAACAUUCAGGACCAUUUUGUUGGGAGACCAAGAGUCAACUGGACAUGCCAUUGUUUGAGACAGAGGAAGACAAAGAGAAAGCUGCAAAGGCUCGAAAGAGACGACCAAGAUCACCUGACUUGAAGAAAAUCAAUUUCAAUCCUGCAAAACAGGGUAAAAGUAUUUGGGAUUCUCCAUUCCUCGCUGCUGAUAGAGGCAGAGAUUCUGGAUAUCCACUGGAUAUGAACGAUUUGGGCAAGACUCCUGAAGAAAUGGAGCAAGAUCUUGCUGACUCGGCUAAUUAUGAAGAGUGUGGUGAAGAAUCUGCUAAUUAUGAGGAAUGUGGCGAAGCUUCUCCUGACAGUGGUAUGAAUGAUGUUUCUCCUGUUGACCAAAUCAUGGCUUCACCUGAUAAGUCUCAAGACUAUGAAGAGGCUGAUGAUCUAUUCCAGAAAUUCCACAUCUCCUUUGGCUCCAACGAUGAUGACGAUUCAAAGAAAAAAGCUAAUAGCCCACCUGAACCCUUUGGUGACAGUGAAUCCAUUAAGAAGUCUGAGGAAUCUUCCCCUAACUACAGUCCUGUUGGUAGCCCUGUAUUUUCAAGAGAAACAAAGCCUUUGGUAAAGGUUGCUCCCAAACCCAUGGUAAAAACUCCACAGAAACCAGUCGCAAAUGCCCCCAGUAGGCAAAUGGUGAAUACUCCAACUAAGUCAUCAAAUGCUGCUCCUUCCGGAAACAAGAGGCCACCUCCGAUACCACUUGCUACCAAACCCAAACCAAAAUACGAACCUGAGUGUGACGACUCGUAUGAAUUUGUUGAAGUGAACAGGAACAAUAACUUUGUGGCUUCGAAUGACAGCAGUGUUGAAAAUUCUCCAAUUCGAAGCAUUAAGAAGGAUGAGACCACUGCCUUGCUACAUUCUUCUGGUAGCACUGAUUCCAAACCACCAGCAAAAGCUGCCAAACCUGUUCGCAAGAAACACGAUAGUUCAAGUAGCAACUCGUCAUCAACAGCUCUUCUUCCAGACGAAUCCCCAUUUAAGAAGGCCACGAGUACUGUUGUUACUACCCAGCCCACACCUUUCUAUGAUGAAUAUGAGCCACAUGGCACCAUUGAUAACAAAAAGGCACCAGAUGAUACAACUUCAACUGGUAGUGAUAAGUCGAAGACACUGACCGGAUUUGACUUCCUUGAUAAUUGGUAGAUUGGGAUCGCUGCUGUCUGGCACCAGUACAUCUUCCAGAGAGUGGGGGUCCUAGCAGCAUAAUAUUGAAAGAUUGAAAUAGCGAAAUGUGUUGCGUCAGCAGGUUAAUCAUGCAAAAUUUGCAAAAUUAUACCAUAUAUAUGUGUAUAACCAUUUUGAGAAAAAUGGCUUCAAAGUUUGUAAUUUGAUUGAAAAUGCACCUUUGUAUAAUCAGGUGCAUUUGAACUUAGGCGCAUCCAUGACAGGUCUCUUAGCCUGUUUUAUGAAAUUAGAAAGGAUUUUGUAUGCAUUUAUGAUGGGGUUGUGGUUCUGAAUCUUGCCAAAGAUUUUAAAACUAUUUGAAGACCAGUUAGAUUUACUUUAUACUCAACCUGGCCUACAGUUUUCAAAGGAAAGAUUAUCACUUAAACAUGGUCUACAUAUAGUUUGCUACUCAAUUGUCUUAAUAAGGAUAAUAAGAAUCAUGGUUCUAUCCAAACCUUCACUCAAAUACUGGACUUUUUCCCCAAAAGUGCAGCAGAGCUUGUAUAACUUAAGUAACCAGAAAAUAUAAAUUUUGUCUUGGUGUAAAGCAUAAACUGCAUUGGGCAGUUAAGAAUUGGACGUAAACAAAGCCGUGUUCUUUCUUUGAAAAUAUUGAGUCAUGAGCACAUGGAAAAUCAUCCGGAGAUCAGGUUUUGAUACCCCUACAUGUACCUUGUUUGAAAUAUCGAGAGGUGGAGAAUAUUUAAAAACACUGGUUAUGUCAGGAUGAUGGACAAUAUUAGGGUGAGUUGUACUGUAACAGUUAACCGGGAACUCGGAGGACACCUAUCACAUACAUGUGAAUAUACCAGGAUCAAGACCUCAGAGGUGACAGACACCGAUGCUUACAUUUCACCACUCCGAGAGCUGGCAAAGGUUUUUUAAGGAUAUAGGUAAUCAUUCACUGCUUCAAGGAGUGAUGUUGAUUAGGUAUUGUUACUGACCUGUUUUCUGAAAAUAAAAUGUGGUGUCAGGUGAGGGCCUAUUGGUUUAUGUCUGUCCUUGAAAAGUGAAUGGUUGAUGAUUGUGCCUUCAUGGAAGAAGCCUAAUGCAUUUAUAAGCAUUUAUCUUUUAUAAUACUAAAUAUAGAUGUAUAACUGCAUGGAAUGUAGACAAGCAUAUUGUUGGUCUUCUGUCUUUGCUGGCACCAUGUACAUGUAGCACUGAAAAUAGCUUUAUAUAUAAAUGUAUGGCACUUCAGGUUGGAUUAACUUUGUGUGCUUUUAAUGCUAUUAAGUAUAAACCUUACACAAACUCAAUACUGUCUAAAUGUGCUGUUCUAUAUGUUCUAUAUUGUAACCUAAAUUAUUCUGCUUCACCCUGUAGUUUGACUAAUGUAAGUACCGGUAAUGUACAGCUCAUGUGACCUGUUUGGUGAAUAGUGAAUGUAUAGUAUAUGACUGUUCUUCCUAAGCUCCUUUCAAGUAUUCUGCAGCCAUUGUCCUAAUAGAAUGAACUGUACACUGGUAGUAUCUGCUCAUAUAUCAAUAGAAAUAUUUAUCAAUUGAUCAGAGAGCAUCUGUAUGGUAGAAACAACAGAUUUGCCCGUUUUUAGUAUUUCAGUUUGUACUGUAUAAAAAUUGAUAGAGUGUCAUCCCAGGAGGGUGAGCCUGUAUUUGAACAAUUAGCUUUUUGAUGCACCCAGCUGGUUUGUGUUAUAUCAAAAUCUAAAACUAGUCAUGUACUCUAUGUUUAUCAUUACUAAUCACCUUUUCUGCAUAUUUUGUCAACAUUUCUGAUUUAGUUGACACCUUCAGUUGUUAAUUGACGACCGUUUUAUGUUAUGCACCUUUUGUUCUAUUGUGGCAUUCCUGUAGCAUCGUACAUGAAUGUACGCUUUUGAUUGUAUAGUCAUUUGAAAUUUGGUAAUUGUAAUUAUUUUUGUCUGUGGAUAAGUUGGUCUCAAAUAUGAAGAGUUAAUCUAAUGUUACUACGUAUUUAUUUAGAGUUUUAUUGAAUUAUUGAAUUUCAUCAUGCACUUAUGAAUGGACUUGUAACUGUAAGCAUAUCUUGUCAAAAAGCCAAUGUUGUCGCUGUUUUAACCGAGAGAAGUUCGUUUUUUGGAAAAAGAAAAAUUUUCUGCGAAGCCAAUAGGGCAUUAGGCUUUACUUUAUUACCUUGCCAAUCCCAUACUUUUUCCUACUACACUGCUCUCAAAUUACAGUUUUAAUACUGAUGUUUUGGAGGAACAAGUUUUUGGAAAUACUCAUUGCCAGCGGAUGAUUUACAGUCCAUUACAUAAGUGCAUACCCAUAUCAAUUACUGUCAAAACUUGUUUCCAAGUUUAUUGUAAUAAGUUUUGCAUGUUUUCUAUUUCAUCAUGGUUAAAUAUUAAUUGUUUUACGCCAGUUGAAUUGUUUUUGAAGUAUUAAAUGGAGCUAAAUCUCAUUUCUUUUCUUUGAACAUUAUUAUGGUCUUUUGUCCAAUAUGGUUGUGCCAAUAUUGAAGUGUGAGGAAACCUAAGUUUAUUUAUAUCGAUUAACAGAUGAAUCACAAAGGAGCAGUAGUCAGGGGUGGUUCAUAUAAUAAGUAGACAGAAAGGGGAUGAGCAUUUGAAAAUGUUAAGCCCAUUUUAUUAUAGUGCUGUGACUGAAUGAUAAUAAUGAAUUUGAUACCAUAACAAGUGUCUAAUAGAGAGUGUGCUAGCUGCUCGGGCACACUGAUUGGGGUGUCAAAGUUUUAUGACAACAGUACAGUCGUGAAGUAAUAUUACUUAAGUGUAGAGUGUUAAUUUGUGCAGUGAUCCAUUGUUCUCUAUCAAGUCAAUCAGUGAUUAUCCUCAAUGACAUAAAGUGCCUAGCUCGUUUUCUGUACUUUUGAGAAAAUCAAAGAAAACCUAUUCAAAUUUUCAAAAACUUGUGUUUAUUUUCAAUUACGAUUCAAUCAACCUUACAAAAGUAUUUUUUAAACUGUGGAAAAAUGCUUAUGUCACAGAAUAUAUGUCAGAGAGAAAAUGCCGAUGUCAAAUGCUUGAGUCAGGCGAAAAUGCUUUUUCUAAUAUGUAAUCUGUGACGUGAUUGGUUGUUUGACUGAGGCACAUAUAGUCCAGAUAGUGCGGCUUGCUAUGGGGAGCUAUUUCUGUAAAAAAAUCUCAAUUUGGCCAAAAAGUGAGUUAGGAACUUAUGUUAUUAGUGUGAUGAUAUAAUAAAACAGUAUUUUAAAGUGGA